UUUCAGUGUUUUUUAAUUUAUAUUCUGUUAUAUUUUCAGCACACAAAUUUUGUAAAUGCUGUGAGAUAUUCCCCAAAAGGUGAAGUUUUCAUCUCUGGAAGUGCUGACAAAAAGGCUUUCGUCUUUGAUGGUAAGACAGGUGAUACCCUGGGAGAACUUGGAGAUCCAGCACACAACAUGGGUAUCUACGCUCUGAGCUUCAAUGGUGAUGGAAAAAGAGUUAUGACUGCUUCAGCAGACAAGACCUGUAAGAUUUGGGACGUGGAGACAAGAACUUGUGUGACGACAUUUAACAUGGGUUCCACCAUGAACGAUAUGCAGGUGGGUUGUCUUUGGCAGGAUGAAUACCUGAUAUCUGUCUCCCUGUCUGGUCAUAUCAACUACCUCGAUAUCAACAAUCCAGACAAACCCCUCCGGGUUCUCAAGGGAACUAACAAACCUGUGAUUUCCAUGGCUCUGUCCGAGGAUAACAGCACCGUAUUUACAGGCAGUUCUGACGGACAUAUCAACUACAUGAGGAGUGACACUUUUGAGGAUGGAGAGAUGGACGGCAAAGGUCACACUAACCAAGUGACCGAUAUAAGAGUGACAGGAGAUACUAUGGUGUCUGUAGGGAUGGACGACUGUAUACGGUUUAGUGACACACAAAGUAAACAAUACCUCUCUGAUUUUACAAAGUUAGAUUCUCAACCUCAGGCAGUGGCCUCCAAGUCGGGCACAACAGUGGCGUUAUGCUUAGGACAGGUUGUUGUGUUUGAUCAAAAAGAGAAGAAGUUUGUCCAAAAUGUGCCUUAUGAACCUAAAGCUGUCGGUCUCCAAAGCAACGGGACAGACGUAGCUAUUGCUGGAUCAAAGGACAAUACCAUUCACAUAUAUAAUCUGAGUGGAGGGACACUGACCGAGACAAAUAAAAUCAAAACCACCGGUGAUAUCACAGACUUGACCUACUCCCCAGAUGGACGCUUCCUGACUUCAAGUGGUACUGACCGAUUCGUCCGCUGCUAUGAGCUUCCCGAGUACAAGCUGAAGUAUGAAAACAGCAAACACACAGCGCGGGUAAACUGUGUGUCGUGGAGUCCAGACUCCACCAGGUAUGCAACUGGGAGUCUAGACAAUAGCUUCAUCAUCUGGGAUGCAACAAAGAAGGACUCGUUUGAUAAUUCGACACAGUACUUAGGAGCUCAUGCCUUGAGUAAUAUCACAAGACUAGUAUGGUUAGACCCUAAAACAAUUCUCACCACUGGCUCGGAUAGCUGUAUCAAACGCUGGACUGUAUGAAGUCUAACAGCAAUACUGUAAUGUUCUUAUUGUUGAGGUGACUGCCGCUUGCACACAAUGCCACAGCUGAGAUGUGAUGUAUUCUGAGUCUACAAGCUAUGUAUUAACAAGCGAGGACAACCAUCAUUCCACUGUUUCAGCCAGCAUCACAUACUGUAACAGUGGAAUACGGUGAAAAUGCUAUUUUUGCUUUAACACAUAAUUUUUACAAUAUGUAUUAUGGUUUUUCAUAUCUGAUAUUCGCGGUGAAGUAAAACUUGAUCAUGAAAGACCACAAAUCAGGUACAGUUACCUACCUUAAUAUUCUUUCUUUAAAUACAUAGUAAAACAGCAAUGGAAACCAUCUGCCUUGACAGUCCGCUCUGUCUAUAAGCAGUUCUGGGGGUUUUCUGUGUCUAUCAUUUUGGAAUGUGAUAGGUAGAAGACCUGAACCUGAAUUGUAAAACUCCUGAUGAAGGCCUCCUGCUGGCAAUAUUUCAUUAUUUAAGUGUUAAAAGUGGUAAAGUAAUUUAUUUGGUAUAAAUGUAUUCCUGAACUUUCCCUAAACAACACUAGUAAAGAAAAUUAGAAAUGAUAAUGAUAAACAUAAAGCUUAAUAAGUGUUUAUAGGAUUUUGAGGUUAACCAUUGGUCCCUAACAUAUAUAGGAUUAGACUCGCACUGGAACCAUGCAUAGAAAUUUCGUGGUCCUGAUACAGCCAUUAAAAUAGAACUCCGAAGGAUGUCAAAAUGCACGAGAUAGCCUCGAAUAUUCUCCUCUUUGUAUUUUAUUUAGCUAUCUCGGUUCAUUACAAGAAAUGUAGUAAGUAAUUUGAUGAGUGAGGUCUACUAGCACUGGUAGAUACAAUAAAAGCGACCUAUUUUUGCUGAGAUGUAUAUUUUUAAUGGACUUUGGUGACCUGAAGUCGCAAUGUUACUAACAAUAUAUAUAUUUACAUAGUUUUUGUUCUCUUUGCCCUGAUUUUGUGGCUUGAUCAGAACCACUCUGUAUGUGAAAUGUGUAACACAAUAAGAAGAAGGGAUGUCAUAUGAUAAAAUUGUAAUUGAUAUGCAGGCCAUGUCAAACCCUAGCAUCACCUGUGUAACUGCCAAGUAAUGGUGCCAUGUCUACCUCCCAAUGUUGAUAUGGCGAGACUGAACUGUGGUUGAAUGCAUACAUUGUGUUUUCAAUAUUUCUUUUCUUAUUGUAUAACCUUUAACAGGUUUGUUUUAUUUUUGGAAAAAAAAUGUAAAUGAAAAGUUUGGAGUGUGUAAAUCAUAUUUCGGGAAAGAGAUGAUACAUAAUGCUAUAGACAGGUGUGUGAGUUAUCUCCAUUUGACAUGUAAAGUUAUAAUAGACGGCUUGAACACACAGGAUAGAUUAUUUGGUGAUUGAUCAUGUGAUAAUCAGUGUAAGUCUUCAAUAUUUUAUGGUCCUUAAAUAAUUUACCUGGUUUUUGUGUCUAUGAACACUUAACUGACCAGAUGGUAAUGAUAAGAAUGUCAACCAAAUUAUUUAAGAAUAAACAAGACAAAUUAUUGAGAUUGCAUCAGGCCUAGAUUAUUUAUAUAAAUAUGUUUUGUUUUAACUCUGUAUGGGGCCAUAUUACUUUAAAAAAACAACUUUGUAAUAC